UGAGCAACCCUAAUUAACCUGAUUUUUUGCUGAUAAUCACUCUCAAUGGAAUCAAAUAAAAAAUCCGGGGACGGAUUGAGCGGCACCCAGAAGGAAGCAGCGCUCCGUGCACUCGUCCAGCGCACAGGAUAUAGCUUGGUCCAGGAAAAUGGACAAAGAAAAUAUGGGGGCCCUCCUCCUGGAUGGGAUGCUGCACCUCCGGAAAGGGGCUGUGAAAUUUUUAUUGGAAAACUUCCCCGAGAUCUUUUUGAGGAUGAACUUAUACCAUUAUGUGAAAAGAUUGGUAAAAUUUAUGAAAUGCGAAUGAUGAUGGAUUUUAAUGGCAACAAUAGAGGAUAUGCUUUUGUAACAUUCUCAAAUAAACAGGAAGCCAAGAAUGCAAUAAAGCAACUUAAUAAUUAUGAAAUUAGAAAUGGACGUCUCUUAGGGGUUUGUGCCAGUGUGGACAAUUGCCGAUUGUUUGUUGGGGGUAUCCCCAAAACCAAAAAAAGAGAAGAGAUCUUGUCCGAGAUGAAGAAGGUCACCGAUGGCGUUGUGGACGUCAUUGUCUACCCCAGCGCUGCAGAUAAAACAAAAAACCGAGGCUUUGCCUUUGUGGAGUAUGAGAGUCAUCGGGCAGCCGCCAUGGCCAGGAGGAAACUGCUACCAGGACGAAUUCAGUUAUGGGGACACCCUAUUGCCGUAGAUUGGGCAGAGCCAGAAGUAGAGGUUGAUGAAGACACAAUGUCAUCAGUGAAAAUCCUGUAUGUGAGAAACCUAAUGCUGUCUACAUCUGAAGAGGUGAUUGAAAAGGAAUUCAACAACAUAAAACCAGGUGCAGUGGAGAGAGUGAAGAAAAUCCGGGAUUAUGCUUUUGUGCACUUCAGUAAUCGAGAAGAUGCAGUUAAGGCUAUGAAAGCCUUAAAUGGGAAGGUGCUGGAUGGUUCUCCCAUUGAAGUGACUCUAGCCAAACCAGUGGACAAGGACAGUUAUGUUAGGUACACCCGGGGCACAGGAGGAAGGAACACCAUGCUGCAAGGAGAAUAUACCUAUUCUUUGGGCCAUGUUUAUGAUCCCACCACAACCUACCUCGGAGCCCCUGUCUUCUAUGCUCCCCAAGCCUAUGCAGCAGUUCCCAGCCUUCAUUUCCCAGCCUCCAAAGGACACCUCACCAACAGAGCCAUUAUCCGGGCCCCUUCCAUUAGAGAAAUUUACAUGAAUGUACCUGUAGGGGCUGCGGGAGUGAGAGGCCUGGGCGGCCGUGGCUACUUGGCAUACACAGGCUUGGGGCGUGGAUACCAGGUCAAAGGAGACAAGAGAGAAGAUAAACUCUACGACCUUUUGCCUGGGAUGGAGCUCACCCCAAUGAAUCCUGUCACACUAAAACCCCAAGGAAUUAAACUCGCUCCACAGAUACUAGAAGAAAUUUGUCAGAAAAAUAACUGGGGACAACCAGUGUACCAACUGCACACUGCCAUUGGACAAGACCAAAGACAGCUAUUCUUAUACAAAAUCACCAUCCCUGCUCUGGCCAGCCAGAACCCUACAAUCCACCCUUUCACACCUCCAAAGCUCAGUGCCUAUGUGGAUGAAGCAAAGACGUACGCAGCAGAGUACACCCUACAGACCCUGGGCAUCCCCAUUGAUGGAGCCGAAAGCCCAGCUGCUGCUGCCACUGCUGCCUUUCCAGGAUAUGCUGUCACUAGUGCUGCCGCUCCUGUGUCUGCAGCCCAGCUCAAGCACGCGAUGGCCCUUGGACAAGACUUAGCAGCAUACACAACUUAUGAGGUCUACCCCACUUUUGCAGUGACUGCCCGAGGGGAUGCAUAUGGAGCCUUCUGAAGACAACUCUCUUUAAAGAAUAAAACAUACAAAAAACUGUAUGAAAGAAGUAUAUCUCUAACUCAGCCCCUAAUGAUC